UAGCGCACGGGGCCGGAGGCGGCAGUGCGUGUGGCCGCCGGGGGUGUCAGCAAAGUCCACAGCCUGGACUCCACCGGGCAGGCAGCGGGCAGGGGCCGGGGCUGUGUCGCACUUGUGGUAAUUUCACACUCCUGAAAUGGGACACAAAGUGGUCGUGUUUGACAUUUCUGUCGUCAGAGCCUUGUGGGAAACUCGUGUCAAGAAGCACAAAGCCUGGCAGAAGAAGGAGGCAGAAAGGCUUGAGAAAAGCGCUUUGGAAAAGAUAAAGGAAGAAUGGAAUUUCGUGGCUGAGUGCCGGAGGAAGGGCAUCCCCCAGGCUGCGUACUGCAAGAAUGGCUUCGUAGACACCAGCAUGAGGCUUCUGGAAAAGAUCGAAAAGAACUGUCUCACCAGGCAGAGUUUACUUUCCAAGGAGAGAGACAAACGGACCAGUGCGUUUGUGUUUGAACUUUCAGGGGAGCAGUGGACGGAGCUCCCCGAUGCGUUGAAGGAGCAGACACACCUGAAAGAAUGGCAUAUUAGCAAUACCCUGAUUCAAAUCAUUCCUACCUAUAUUGAGCUGUUUCAGGCCAUGAGAAUUCUGGAUCUGCCAAAAAACCAAAUCUCCCGUCUUCCAGCUGAAAUUGGUCGUUUGAAGAAUCUGAGAGAACUCAAUGUGAGUUUCAACCAUCUGAAGAGCAUUCCUCCAGAACUGGGGGACUGUGAAAAUCUAGAGAAACUGGAUUGUUCCGGAAAUCUAGAAUUAACCGAACUCCCCUUUGAAUUAAGUAACUUGAAGCAAAUGACAUUCGUAGACAUUUCGGCAAACAAGUUUGCCAGCGUCCCCAUCUGUGUCCUGAGGAUGCCUCACUUGCAGUGGUUCGAUAUCAGCACCAAUAGCUUGACUGACCUGCCUCAAGAUAUAGACAGGCUAGAAGAAUUGCAGACCUUUAUCUUGUACAAGAACGAGCUGACUUAUCUUCCCUAUGCCUUGCUUAACCUGAAGAAGCUCACCUUGCUAGUCGUCAGUGGGGACCGUUUGGUGGAGCUCCCCACUGCCCUGUGUGACUCGUCCACACCUUUAAAAUUUGUAAGCCUUAUGGACAAUCCUAUUGAUAAUACCCAGUGUGAAGACGGUGUGGAAGUGAUGGAAAGUGAGCAAGAUCGUCGACACUUUGAUAAAGAAUUUUUGAAAGCUUAUAUUGAAGAUCUUAAAGAAAGAGAAUCUGUUCCCAGCUAUACCACCAAAGUCUCUUUCAGCCUUCAGCUUUGAGAUCUUCCACCAGAAGGCUGCAGAACCUCCCUGUCCGUGGAGAUGUAAAUCUUGGCAUUGUGGAGUAACGGUUUGUGCUUAAGGACAAAGCCUUGACACCACAGUCAUAGUUAGGAAAAAUGGUUUUCAAAUUUCACAUUUAUGAAUACUUCGCUCUGUGGGCUGGAGAAUUGAUAAACAGGCUUAUUUAAGUAAUAUGUAAGGGUUCAUUUGCAUAUACUUAUUUCCAAAUAAUGCACCUUUAAUAUUUUAGAAAAUGCAUUCAUUUAAAAAAUUAUAACUCAAAGACCAAAUCUGGAAGUUGAUUGCACUGAUUUUAGGAAUCCAGUGAUAAAGAAAGGGGUUGUAAAAAGAGCAUUUGUAUUGGACUAGUCAAAUGAGAUUUUAUUUUAUUUUGAAAGAAUUUUUUAAAAUUAAUGUUUUUUAAUGUUUUGUUUAUUUUUG